GGCGGAGAGGGCGGGACUGCAGGUGGGCUUUGGCGCGAAAUUCUAUUGGGGGGGUGGCAGGAGCUCGCGCUGCUGCCGUUGGUGCUGUCGCGCGCGGGGAUCGCUGAGGCGUUGUGGUGAGCGGGGCCGCGGUCCCUGAGGGGAGCGGGCGGGCGGCUGGGUUGCUCGUUCUGUGAGGGCGUCUCGGGGUCCCUGUGGGUUCGACCCUGUCCGGCUCUAUGGCCACGCGGGUUGUCUGGCAGCAGUAAAGCUCCACGGGGACGGCGGCUCUGAGGCAAAAAAAAAAAAAAGAAAGGGGGUUGGGGAAGAUGAAGCGUGUGUGACUGUUUCACCCUCCGCGUCUGUGGGAGAUGGGCGAAAACCAGCGAGGAGAAGCGCUCAAACGGCCCUCGCCAGAAGCAAAAAUUGCUCGUUUAUGUGCUUUUGCUUUUCCUCGGGAAUCAUGGACACCCGUCAGCAAAGUAAAAUCAUCUACUCCUGGUACGGAAAGCCCACGAACUCAGACAGAAAGCUGAGGACUCUGCAGUACAAAGGGAUCCUUAUUAAAUCAGAGAGAAGCAGAAAGGAAAGAUGUAUACAACUUGGUGACUUUGUUCUUGUAGAAGGGGAGAACGCAGAUCAACCUUUUGUGGCACAACUCCUGGAUUUGUAUGAAGAUGGUGCUGAGCAGAAGCAUGCAGUUGUACAGUGGUUCUCUCAUAUUUCAGAGAUACCUAAAAAUAAGCAGAAACUGCUUAAAAGAAGAAUUUCUUCCCAGGAAGUGUUUUUUGAUAAAGUUUCUGGCUACGACACUGACAUAGCUGUGGAGACUAUCAUUGACAGUGUGCUGGUAAUACCACUACGUCUAAAGGAUGAACUACCUACUAGAUUAAAAAAGGAAAAAAUCUUCUGCGUGAAACAGUCUUGGGAUGGGAAAUGCUUUAAGGCUUUGUCCCCUCACACAUUCUCUAAGCUGAAUGAAGCUAACAGGAAAGAAGAUGGCAUCCCAAACUCUUUCAACUCUUUUGUUCCUUCGGAUAUCAUUUCCUCUGCAAAAAAAGAGACCAAGAAGGCUGGUUCGAGUGCCACAAAAACAAAAAAUGUUGAGAUGGAAAUAGAAUCAAAACAUUCUGCUUCCAAGUCUUCCCUUUCUAAGAAGAGGCAUUCACUAAGAGUAGCCAAUGGCAUCAAAAAUCCAACUGCAAGAAAGAAGUUAGAGUUGAACAGUCCCACAAGAUCUCCAAAAAGCAAGCUCCUGGAACAGGAGGAUAUUUGGGCACUUCUAGAUGAUGACUGUGAUUCUCAACUGUUAAAACCAACAGCUAUUAAAAGAAAAGUGAAAUUCACUGAAGUUCUAAGCUCACCACCAAAAAUAACUUGUGCCAAUGAUAAGCUGAAGUCAGUGUUUGGUACUGCAGAGGACCAGGAGGUGUUAAGUGGUACACUAAGAUUGUCCCCUUAUAGGAAGCUUGAAGACUCUAAUGAGAAAGUCAGGAGUCUUAAUAUGGAAGUUGAUGCCAUAGUCUUAACUGGACAUAAGGAGCUGGGUAGUCAGAGCCCUGCAGUGACCCCUCGUUCUCGUAGAACAUGUACACAGGAGACAAGCACUCGCAUUGCCGAACAGAUCAGCUUAUUAAAUAUGCUAGAAUCAAAGGAGGAAGAGGAUUUUCUGUCUAGCUCAGAUGGCUCUUACUCCUCAAGUAGUGAGGAAGAAGAUAGUGAUGUGAGCUGUACACCAGAGAAGAAAACUAAACCAAGCAGAAUGUUCAGCACCCCAAAAUCUUCAAGAAAGCCUUCAGUUCAUACUCCUGCCAAGACCCCAAAGAAAACACCUUUACCAGGAACACCCAGGACACCCCGGAAUGCAACUCCUGAAAUUCCCAGGCGCAGCCAUGCAGCACAGAAACCAACCAGUGUACUGGAAGAAGCCAGAUUAAGGCUGCACGUUUCUGCUGUCCCAGAGUCUUUGCCCUGCCGUGAAGAAGAAUUCCAGGAUAUCUAUAACUUUGUGGAAAGCAAACUUAUUGAUGGUACAGGAGGGUGCAUGUAUAUUUCUGGAGUGCCUGGGACAGGUAAAACUGCAACUGUUCAUGAAGUGAUUCGCUGUCUUCAGCGAGCUACAGAAGAUGAUGACCUACCAUCAUUCCAGUUCAUAGAGAUCAACGGCAUGAAGCUUACUGAUCCUCACCAAGCUUAUGUACAGAUUCUAGAGUUACUAACAGGUCAGAAGGUGACAGCAACUCAUGCUGCAGUGCUGUUGGCAAACUUGUUCUGCACACCUGGACCAAAGAGGAAGACCACAGUGCUGGUAGUGGAUGAGCUCGAUCUUCUGUGGACCCGAAAGCAGAAUGUGAUGUACAACUUAUUUGACUGGCCAACUCAAAAGCACUCAAAGUUAAUCAUCUUGGCCAUUGCGAACACCAUGGACUUGCCAGAGAGAAUAAUGAUGAACAGAGUAUCUAGCAGGCUGGGUCUCACCAGAAUGUCCUUUCAGCCCUACACCUACAAACAGCUACAGCAAAUUAUUUCAUCUAGACUGAACAGCGUGAAGGCAUUUGAAGAGGAUGCAAUUCAGCUAGUUUCCAGAAAGGUAGCAGCGCUGUCUGGUGAUGCAAGGCGUUGCCUUGAUAUCUGCAGAAGGGCCGCCGAGAUCUGUGAGUUUUCUAGCCAAAAGAGUACUGAUGAGAUAGUCAGGAUGACCCACAUAACACAAGCCAUAGAUGAAAUGUUCUCAUCACCAUAUAUACAGGCAAUCAGGAAUGCCUCAUUGCACGAACAAAUCUUUUUUAAAGCAAUUUUAGCGGAGUUUCGUAGGGUGGGAGUUGAGGAGGCCACAGUUCAACAGGUCUAUCGUCAACACAUAGCACUGUGCAGAAUGGAGGGCAUGCAGAGCCCAACGGUGUCAGACAUCCUGGCCAUUUGUGCCAGGCUCGGUGCCUGCAGGCUGCUGCUGCUGGAGUCCAGCAGUAAAUACCUUCACAUGCGUGUGCGCCUCAACAUCAGCCAGGAUGAUGUCAUGUAUGCACUCAAGGAUGACUAAGGCAAUAGAGGUUUUAUUUUUAUAUAUGUUAUAAAUAUUUUAAGGAUGGUCUAUUUUAUUUUUUUUUAAGUACUGAUGAAAUGGAAAUAGGUUGUAUUUUAAAUAUUUUUGCUUAGUGUAUCAAAGCACUUUGUACAAUAAAGAACUUGCUUUGAAGCAUUUUAAAUACUUAAAAUGAAACAAGCAAAAGCAGUGGUGGGGAGCGGUCCCCUUCCAGCUGAGGUGUGUGAGCUGGAAUUGAUUACUGGCAUCAAUGUUGCUGAGCUCAUCCCUGUGCAGCUGCCUUUGUUGUGACCGGCGGUGUCAUUGUGGCGUCACAGUUUUCCUCCUUCUGUUGAAUACAAAAGAUGUGUUCAAAGUAUGCUUAAACCCUUGUUGUGUCCUGAAAGUGAACUUUACGUCUUCUGAAUUGGUUGCCUGAAGGAUUCUUUGCUACCAGGGAACCAUUUGUGUGACUGAUAGCUUUUGUUACUUUUAAUCAACUUUGUGUACUUCUUGCUGUUGAGAAUUGCCUUAAAAAAUAACCUCAGGUAACAGACAGCUGUCUGAAAUGUGCCUUCAACCUGAACCCGAGGGCUGGAGAGUGGGUGGUUUGAGAGCCGUGUUCACGUUGUGUGAGCCCAGUGCAUAAAACGUCCCCGUAGCUUAAGCUGCAGCUGGCAGAACCCUUUGCACGUUGCACAUCUUGCGUUGUUAGGAGUAAAUGACGAGAAGUUAACGCGCUCGGCCCGGGCACUGCGGUACGGGCCACGCCGUGGCUGUGCCGGCGCUGCCCCCCGCUCCCGGCACUGCUCCCGGCCCCGCCCACCGCGCAGGCGCGCCGCUGUCCCGGAGCUGCGGCCCAGGCGUCCCCGGGCCGGGAGGGCCGCGCUGCUCGGGGGGGGGACGGCUCAGCGCGGGGUCGGCGGCGGAGCGAGGCGGAGCCCUUACAGACGCGGCGCUGGGAUCCGCCGGCGGCAUGCUGGGCAGGAAGCACAA